ACAGCCUUCUGAACCCUGAGUGGUUCUCACUUCUGUAACCUUCACCUCCCACUGGGUGGAGCAGGGACUUUUAAGAGCAGCCGGAAUGCAGUUCCCCUAAUCAGUGGAGCCAGUUGUUGCCUGUCUGAACCUCGGCCAGUCCUGGACAGCGGUGUUCUGAGCUCCGGCCCGGAGCCCUGGCUUAGGGACCUCUCACCAGCCACCACCACCCCACCUCUUCGGCCUAGCAAGAAAACUUGGCUACGCAUUCAGCCAUGGGGGAAGACGCUGUCCAGGCUGAGAAGUCCCAGCACCAGGGUUCUGACAUGCGGCAGGACAAGACAGCCAGCCCCAGCCCAGUGCCCUCCUCUACUCCCAGUCCCAGUCUGAACUUGGGCAGCACGGAGGAGGCGAUCCGGGACAACGCUCAGGUGAACGCUGUCACGGUGCUCACGCUGCUGGAUAAGCUGGUGAACAUGUUGGAUGUGGUGCAGGAGAACCAGCACAAGAUGGAACAGCGGCAGAUCAACCUGGAGGGCUCGGUGAAGGGCAUCCAGAACGACCUCACCAAGCUCUCCAAGUACCAGACGUCCACUAGCAACACGGUGAACAAGCUGCUGGAGAAGUCCCGCAAGGUCAGCGCGCACACACGCGCUGUCAAGGAGCGCAUGGACCACCAGUGCGCGCAGGUGAAACGGUUGGAGAGCCAUCACGCACAGCUCUUGCGGCGCAAUCACUUCAAAGUGCUCAUCUUCCAGGAAGAAAACGAGAUCCCUGCCGAGGUGUUCAUGAAGAAGCCAGUUCCCAGCCCAGCUGAUGGGAAGGAAGAGCUGGCGGAUGAAAACAAGACUCUGGAGGAAACUCUGCACACAGUGGACCUCUCCUCAGAUGAUGAUGAAUUGGCCCCAGGCGAGGAGGCCCUGGACGAUAGCACAGAGGAAAAGCUGGAAGAAAGUCGUGCUGAAAAAAUCAAAAGAUCCAGCCUCCGAAAAGUGGAUAGCCUUAAGAAAGCCUUUUCUCGCCAGAACAUUGAGAAAAAGAUGAACAAGCUGGGUACCAAAAUCGUCUCAGUGGAGAGGAGAGAGAAGAUCAAGAAAACACUCACUUCCAAUCACCAGAAAAUCACCUCUGGGAAAGGCUCCCCUUUCUCUUUUGGACGAAAGAAAGUUCGAGAAGGAGAAGGCCCUGCAGAUUCUGAGACCAAGUCUGAGGGUCUGCCAGACGGGCAUGAUGAGGAAGGUCUUUCUGAAGCUUCUAUCACGGUGGAAGGGAAGAGCCUGGAGGGUGAGGCCGGGAGAGCCGCAUCCCGAGAGAGCAACUCUGCCCUGGGCAGCAGCGUCAACCUGACAAUUGUGGAAAAUGAAGAAGAGGAACCAGUGGCUCUGGAGCAGGCCCAGAAAGUGCGCUACGAGGGAGGCUACGUGCUAAAUCAGGAGCAGGAGGAGGAGGAGGAGGCUGCACAGCCAGCAGUGCUCCGUGUGGACCAGUCCUCCUAAGCUAGUCCUUCAGCUGGACCAGUCCUCCUGAACUAACUCCAUGGUGCCCCAUAGCUGGUGCCUUCAGCUAGCCUGGAAACACACUCCCCACAGCUCCAUUCCCCAGGCAUUUUACUGCCUGGGUAGUGAGUACACAGUCAGCAGCACAAUGGGACCCACAUUUCCUGUGAAGGAAACUUGGCAAGGACCCCAUCAUUAGUAGGGUCUUGGGUUCAGGCUUUCAAAUGAUCUCUCCAGGCUUGUCCAGGAGAGGGGGGAACCUGGAGCAGUCUUCAGAUAUCGUCCACUACUUCAGAUAUUAAUCAUGAUAUGUGAUUCAUCUUCUGCCAUUCCACUGGCUCGCUGAAUACCAGU